CAAUUCGCACAUUUCCGGUUGGUAGCAUUCAUCCGAGUAUUCGAACUUAGUUGAAAAAAAGUGAAGGAUUUGUGAACUUUUCUAUUAGAGUGCAUCGUUCAAAAUCAAUAAUCAUGGAUAAAAUCUGUCGCAGUCAAUUGCCGGAUUCAUCAUCAUCUCCUCCGCUAAGGUGCCCUUAGAUGUCCACUACUGUGUUACUUGAUGUGCUUCUAUGUGAACUACCCUAGUGCAUGCUCGCGGAACGGCAGCGAAACGUGAAUGAAAAGCAAUUUAAAUACUUGUAGAGUGCUUAAAGUAGCGUGAUUUGCAAUUAAUUAUUCAAUCUAUUUCUCAUUGUUCCGCUGAAUUUCGAAUCACUAUUUGCGAUGAUGGAUACCGUCGAUAUGGCUUACAGUGGGCUAAAUUUCCACAGCUUCGAUGAGGAUCUAAUCUCGGAUUUACCGUCGUGUGUUUAUGCUAAUCAUCAACUUGGAGCAGCCACGGCGACAAAUCCCAACUCGGGGAAUCUUAGACUGAAUACCAACAGUCUCCGACAGAUCCAGCAUCAAUAUUUGCAUCACUCGGAUUGCUUAGAGUCACCAAGCUCAGCAAGUCCAUCAUUGUCCAAUGCCAUGAACCAUCCUUAUAGUGCGGCGCCAUAUAAAAUCCAACGGCAGCAAACUAACGUAAGAGAGCGUAAACGGGUUAUGAGAUCUGCCCCAAACGGCAGCAUUAACUCAGCAUUUGACGAACUUCGCGUACACGUGCCCACAUUCCCAUACGAGAAACGAUUAAGUAAAAUCGAUACACUACGGUUGGCCAUCGCAUACAUUGCAUUACUAAGGGAAGUCCUGGAGGCAGACUAUGAUCCACUAACCUACGUCGAAAAGUGUCUCCGUGGUGAGAUCAAAGCCGACAGAGCGAGCUGGAAUACUAGUGGUAAUGAUCUGACAGCUCGGCUAUCGUGGAUCAAUUGGGAAAAUCUCGGAGUUCAUCCAGGGCGGCGCACCAUAUUGACGUCCCUUGCGCUUGGAUCAUCCGAGAGUCUGGGAUGUGGACCUCCACCACAUCUCAUCUAAACUGUGUGCAAUCGCUUAACCUAUGAAACCAUCAAACUAGUCCGACUGUAACACUCGAAUCGAUAGUUAUACGUCUUCCUGAAUAAUCCUAGUUAUUGUGGUAGUCUAGUUAUUUAUAUGAUUCAUUUGUGAUAUUAGGUUGGUAUCAGUUGUAUAAGAACUUUCUGUAAUGCUAUACAAUAGUUUAAGUAACUUGAUCUCGAUUAGAAGACUAGGAAACCCUUCUAAAAGUCUGUUCUAUUGAAUAUAUGAUUUGUAUGGUACGUUCCGUGACUAUACUGAAUAAUGAUACGAAUAUUGAAAUAAAGACAUCAGAGGAAUAAA